CACCACUUAAGCACCAAAGCCAACAUUUCCAUCGCAUCCUCGACAAUGCACAGUAUCAGAGGCAACAUAAAAUGUCGUCCAUGUGGAAAAGAAGGCCUGACUGUGGCUGGAUAUCACCGCCAUGCCACACAGUCUCGAAAUCUGCAGUGUCUUCCGAAGUCGAAUAUCUUCCAUGCGAUUACCCCCGACGUAUUGCACCAGCUAUAUCAAGGACUCGUGAAACACAUGAUUGCUUGGAUCAAAUCGGCUUUUGGAGAAGCAGAGAUUGAUGCCCGUUGCCGUCGACUCCCUCCAAACCAUAAUAUUCGCAUCUUCAACAAGGGCAUCUCUAGUCUCGCAAGAGUCAGUGGUGCUGAGCACAAUCAGAUUUGCCGCUUUCUUCUGGGUGUUAUUAUCGACAUUCCCCUUCCCAACAACAUUUCAAGCGCUAAGCUUGUUCGAACUCUUCGCGGACUCCUCGACUUCCUGUACUUAGCACAGUAUCCAUGUCACUCAGCGGAGACACUGCAACUCCUUGAUGAAGCUUUGACCCGUUUUCAUGACAACAAAGACAUAUUUGUCACACUUGGCAUCCGAACGCAGUUUAAUCUUCCAAAGCUUCACUCCUACCGGCACUACCUCCAUAUGAUUCAAGAGUAUGGCACGACUGACAACUAUAAUACAGAAUAUACCGAACGACUUCAUAUCGACCUCGCCAAGGAUGCAUAUCGUGCAACAAACCACAAGGACGAGUACAGUCAAAUGACUCUGUGGCUUGAACGGCAGGAGAAGAUUCUAUGGCACGCCAGUUAUGUUCAUUGGCGCCUCGCUGGUGAUCCAUUGCCGCAAUCGCGUCUACCGCCAGAUAUGCAGUAUGCCAGGGAAUACAAGAUGACGAAACAUCCAUCUGUCAAGGCCGCUACCAUCGACUCCCUUAGAGACGACUAUGGUGCCUCUUUUUUUCGAGCUGCCCUUGCUCGUUAUAUUGUGCUUCACACUCGCCCAGACGCAACAACUCGAGCUCAGGUGGAACAUGCCGCUGGACAUGUAUAUAUCCCCUUCGCCUCGCUUCCUAUUUUCCAUAAGGUCAGGUACAAUGCGGUCGACUCCGCUGGCCAUAAAGAUGAAAGUGUUACCAUUGAUUCAGUUCACUGUCAGCCUGCACGAAGAGAUAAGCGAGGGAAUACCGUGCCAGGACGUUUCGAUACAGUUCUUGUCAACUGUGGCAAUGGGGGAGAGAAGAGUGUGGAAGGUUACCGUGUAGCCCAAGUGCGGGUUAUAUUUUCGAUACCCGAGAAACAUCACGCUAGCCUUUUUCCCUCCCAUAUCUUGAUCCCUAAACAUUUGGCCUACGUCGAGUGGUUUUCGCCAUUCACCGGGACAAGCGAGAGAAAUCAUGGUAUGCACAAGGUCUCGCGAUCAUACGAAAAUGGGGAACAGCUAGUUAGUAUAAUAUCUGUGAAAGAUAUUCGACGCAGUGUACAUCUUAUACCGAAAUUUGGCCGCUCUGCGCCUCGGGAUUGGACUAGCAGCAACGUUUUGGAACUGUGUAGAGACUUUUUUGUUAGCCCAUUCACUGAUCGUCACGCAUACGCAACUAUUUACUAG